UAAAGCAAAAAAAACAUAAAACAAUCGCAAGUUGCAAGUUAUUUAUUUCAUGAAAUUCUAGAUUAGUGUAGAAGAUUCCAGAUUCUUACGAGAAGACCGACUUUGAGUCUGCGAUUCACUUUCCCAGCACUGGAGAGGUAGCGUUGUGCUAACGAGAUAGUAGUACUUUUCCACUUUCCCAAAUCCGAACUGUGUAAAUAAAUCUUUGGUUGACGUGGAAGUCUCGUCUUGCCUUCUCUGAGAAUAAGCCGUUAUUUUUAUAAAUAUUAUAGCAAUUGAUUUUUGCAAAGACUUACAGCAGUACCAGUACAUGGUUCUUCUCUUUCUGUAGCGUACGUGGACCGGUGGAAGAGACAUUCGUUUCUCUCUUAUUGACGCGUAUGUUCUUCCCCCACGGAGGAAUUGCUCUCGCUGUUGUGGCCUGUCUUCUGCUUCAGUUUCAGUAUGACAAGUACAGUACGGCCAAAAAUGUCAAAACCAAUUGGGUAUAGAUUUCACCCAACUGAUGAAGAAUUAGUUGCUCAUUUCUUGAAUCUGAAAAUUAGUGAUCACAAUCUUGAUUUGCCAAUUGCUGAGGUUAAAGUUUGUGAUUUUGAACCAUGGGAUCUUCCUGGUCAAUCGAAGAUCAAAUCAGAUGAUCGAGUGUGGUAUUUUUUCUGCCCUCGCGAUUUAAAGUAUGCAUAUAGCCGAAGGUCCAACAGGACCACCGAGGCUGGGUUCUGGAAACCCACUGGUAAGCUUCGAAAAGUAAAGAAGAAAAAGAUGGUUAUCGGUACUAAGAGAAGUUUGGUUUUUUACAAAAAGGAGCAUCCCAAGCCUGUCAGGACUAAAUGGAUAAUGCACGAAUAUGAAUUACCAAUACAGGGGAAUUUCCUAGUCUGUAAAUUAAAAGCCAAGCUAGAUGAAAAGAUCAGCAAAAGCGAACCAGAUAAAACGGAUACUGCUCAAAUGAAUACUACUUCAGGAUCUCCUUGUGAAAGUGUGAUUACUGUUGAUUCAUCUUAUGGUGAAUGUGAACCAACUGACCAUGUUGGUUCUAAUGUUAAAGAUCAUAAACUGAAUGAGAUGACUGCUAUGCCAACCUAUGAUGGAGGUGAACAGAGUUGCCUGGUGGCAUUUGAAUUAGGAAAUCCAAAUCAAACUGAGGUGAUUUCUGAUUCUGCUUGCCUUGAAAGUGAAUUAGGCUAUAAUUUAGCUCCGAAUGUGGAAGAUAAAAAUCCAGAUGAGAUGACUGGUAUUAGAAAUCAAAAUUAUAAGAAAACUGAUAAUUUAUUCUCUGAAGAAGGCGAAUGGAGUGUUGCAGGAACACCUGAUUGUGGAAAUCAAAAUCUACAUGAGGUGAAUGAUAUGAUAUCUCCUGCUUGUGGUUUAGAAAUUAAUGCAGAAGAAGCUAAAUUGUCACAGUUUCAGGGUCCACCAACUUUUUUUGAUCAAAUGAAUGCAUUGUUUGAGACUGAACAUGUCCUAUUUGAGCCUGAAGUUAGCCUGAAGUCUGCAGUUUUCUUGCCUAUCGGGACAGAGGAAUGCCUUUCUCACAGCAGCUUGAGUACCUCUCUGCCAAGUGGAACCGGUUCUCAAAUAGGGGCUAUUCCAUGACCCUGAACCUCUUAUCUUUUUGUUAAGCAAUCAGCAACAUAAUUUACAGUGUGACAGCUCAAAAAUGGUACAUAAUAGAGGUGCAGGCUCAAUAAGAUAGUGUUUAAACUGAUAGGACACUAGUCUGCUCGAUUUUCUCUAGUAGAUAGAGGAUAUGCAAAUUGGUAGGCGUUUUGAUAGAUUUUAACCACAAUGUAAUCUUGCACCGGGAGCUUGAAGAUACAAUCCUCCAUUUUGUAAAUAUUGCCUUGAGAAGCCUGCAUGUAUUAGUUGAAGAAAUGUUACAUUCAGCGGCAGCUUGUAUACCUUUGACUUUUUGCUUUAAUGGUGAAUGAAAUUCUGUGUUCAUAUA